AUGUACUGCAAUCAAUGUGACAUUCCUGUUUGUACAAAGUGUCUAGCAUCUGAUCAACAUCUUGGUCAUAAAUUAUCAGAAAUCUUACAGAUUGUGGAUGAAAAAAAAGACAAAAUCAUCAAAGAUCAAACUGAAUUAAAUGAUGUAAUUUACCCAGCCUACCAGGACAUUGCCUCUGAUUUAAAAACUCUACAGAAACAUCUGGAUGAAAUAAAUAAGAACAUUUCUAACAUUAGGGAUGAAAUCAAUUCAAUUGAUCUUACUAAUGAUUCUAACAACAUUUCAAAACUGUUUAACAUUACAAUCAAUGUAGAUAGAUAUAGAAAUCUUCCACAAAAAAUUCAGUCAUCUUUACCAAAAUUUGCUCCAGGCAGAAUUAAUGAAGAACUUGGUAAAAUAUUUGGAACCUUAUCAUUAAGUUCUUUAGCUUCAGAUAAGCAUGGCUACAGCAUGAAGACAACACAGAAAUCACCAGAAGCUGGAUCCUCUCCUCCAGUCAAACAGCUGCUUGACGAACCAGAGACUGUCACCACCAUAAAUACUGGGUAUAUCAAUUACCUUAGCAAUGUGGCCUGUCUGAGUGAUGAAGAAAUCUGGACAAGUGCAAAUUGCAACACCAUGAAACUCUACAACAUCAAUCAGGGAUCACUUCUCAAGUCAAUCACAACCAAGAACCUGGAUAUCUGUGUGUCUGAUGAUGGAGCUAAAGCAGUAGUGGUUGUUAAUCAGGCCGGGAAACUGAGAUUCAGGUACACUGGACACACUCCUACUUUAAAGAACCAACCAUUCUAUCCACUAAGAAUCACCACAGACAGUCAGAGUCACAUCCUUACAGCUGAUAUUAACAAUGAAUGUGUCCAUAUCAUAGACCAGGAUGGACAGUUCCUCCGUUACAUACACUGUGGACUGAGUGAACCCUGGGGAGUGUGUACAGAUACAAAUGACAAUCUGUUUGUUGCUCAAUGGUUAAACAGACAAGUGAAGAAAAUCAAAUAUCUAAAGUGA